GCGGGCUGGGCCUGGGGGGCUGCGAGGCCGCGGCCGGGGACGUGGCAGCCGCCCUACGCAUCAGAAAGUUCCCUGAAAGUUCGCUGCUGGGCACGCACAGGACCGGCGGGCUGGGCAAUGAACGCGUUCCGAAUCCUCGGCGAUCUGAGCCACCUCCUGGCCAUGAUCUUGCUCCUGGGGAAGAUCUGGAGGUCCAAGUGCUGCAAGGGCAUCUCUGGGAAGAGCCAGAUCCUUUUUGCCCUUGUCUUCACCACCAGGUACCUGGACCUCUUCACCAACUUCAUUUCCGUCUACAAUACAGUAAUGAAGGUAGUUUUUCUCCUCUGUUCCUAUGUCACAGUGUACAUGAUCUAUGGGAAAUUUCGUAAAACGUUUGACAUUGAGAAUGACACAUUCCGCCUGGAGUUUCUUCUGGUCCCAGUCAUUGGCCUUUCCUUCCUGGAGAAUUACAGUUUCACACCACUGGAAAUCCUCUGGACCUUUUCCAUCUACCUGGAGUCAGUGGCCAUCCUGCCCCAGCUCUUCAUGAUCAGCAAGACUGGAGAGGCUGAGACCAUCACCACACACUACCUAUUCUUCCUGGGGGUGUACAGGGCACUCUACCUGGCCAACUGGAUCAGGCGCUACCAGACUGAGAACUUCUAUGACCAGAUUGCAGUGGUAUCUGGGGUAGUGCAAACCAUCUUCUACUGUGACUUCUUCUACUUGUAUGUGACCAAAGUUCUUAAAGGAAAGAAAUUAAGUCUUCCAAUGCCAAUUUGAAGGCCUUCAAAGAUGGUCUAUACCUUAACAAGGACAGUGAAAGAAUCAUUUUGAUUCUUUGGUGAACUUACCCACGACUUGAGAUCACAUGAUAAAGCCAGAAAAACACUUGGUGUGGAUUUCAGCAAAGAACCUGUUAUUCCACCUACACCUCAUCAGGAGGACUUCCCUUAAAUCAACAGAGGUGACGAAAAGUGGAGGCCAACUACACAAGUCUGAGGCCUAAACAUCAACUGGAAGGAGAAACCUUAGGGUGCCUAACUAACCCACUAACCCAUCAAUGGAACAGUAAGACUCAUGUCAAGGCCCAACCUAGAAAUGUCCCCGUGUGCACAAGAAUGCCCCAACUGAAGAUUGGCUGAAACAUUAGGGGCCAAUUUUUAGGCUAAUUUUCACUUGUCAGGUAGACCAAAUUGAGGUAGUCAGGAUACAAAGGUGUUAAUAAGAAUGAAAUGAUUAUUUUACUUCUGCACUGCUUUCAAGCCACAAGCAAACCAAAUUUACUAGCUUUGGCAGGAAAUGACAUAAUUUGUGCCUCACCUUUAAAACUGGCUUGAGUCCUCAUUGUGGCUCACAUGAGCCCUGUCCUUAGUACCUUUAUGCCAGAACCCAGCUUAGAUGGCACCAUUGCCAUUAUCACCAUUUUACUGAUGAGCUGAAGAUACCAACCAUUUACCUACCAGGUACCCAGCCCUAUUAAAUGCUUGCACUAAAACCAAUGAUCCCCACUUCCUUUCAGUUUUAGGUGCUAAUGAAGUAGCAAAAGUUUUGAGGAAUAAAAAAAAAAGUUCACACCUUA